UAGUUCUGUUUUCAGCUGGAAAUGGAAAAUAUUCUUGCUUUAUGCCUGCUGGUAUUUUUCGUCUCGUUGCGUUCCAGUUUGGUUGAGGCCAAUAUCUUCAAUAGCAUGCUGUUGCAGUGGGGUGCUCAACAUUCCGGAUUCCUCGGCACUGGAGAUGAUGCGACGCUCAUCCUGGAUCAGAUCACAGGAUCUGGAAUUGAAUCAAAGGAAUCAUUUCUAUUUGGGAGCUUUGAGAUGCAAAUCAAGCUGGUGCCUGGAAACUCUGCUGGAACGGUAACAGCAUAUUAUCUGUAUUCAAAUGGAGAGAAGCAUGAUGAGAUCGACUUUGAGUUCCUAGGGAACGUUUCAGGACAGCCAUACGUUAUCCACACAAACAUUUAUACUGGAGGAGAAGGUGGCAGAGAACAGCAGUUCUACCCGUGGUUCGACCCAACCGCUGAUUUCCACAAUUACACAAUCCAUUGGAACCCUACACAAGUUGUGUGGUAUGUGGACAGCAUCCCGAUAAGAGUUUUCAGGAACUAUCUGAGCAAUGGGAUUCCCUAUCCGAACAAGCAGGCAAUGCGAGUGUAUUCCAGCAUCUGGAACGCCGAUAGCUGGGCAACGAGAGGUGGCCUAGAUAAGAUUGAUUGGACAAAAGCACCCUUCAUUGCCAGAUUACGCCGUUUUACACCCAUGGCUUGCCAAUACAACGGGCCCGUCAGUAUCCGACAAUGCAGUGCACCUACACCUGGGAACUGGUGGAACUCUCCGGCAAACAGCAAAUUGAGCAGCGUUCAACAACGCAAGAUGGACUCAGUUAGAAACAAGUACAUGAUCUACGACUACUGCAAAAAUUUCAAAAGAUACAACGGGCUGAUGCCGGGCGAAUGUUUGAUGCCGCAGUAUUGAUAAAUGUUGAUCAGUAUCUCCAAGUCAGGAAAAUGUUACAACCUAAGCUACAAGAAAUAGGAAAAAAAUACAAGUAACAUCUUUGUAAUAUUGCAAAUUCAGAUUACUCCUCUAUGAAAAAGGGAAAAAAGAUUUUGGUCCAUUAAUUUUGUCUGCAAUUAAUUUUAGUAUAGUAAUUUCCAUAAUUCUCACAUUUUAACCAUUAAUCUGAAAAAAUAUGUCAAUUUGGUCCUCCAGCGUACGGACGUGCAAAUGCUUUUCAAUUUAGGAAUUUUUAGUCCCAUGUGGCACUAUAGUAUUACAUGGCAAUUGAGUUGACAUUUUUAGAAGAAAAAAUGUUAACUUUUUCCUCCUAAAGUCU